AUGGUGUGGAUGAAAGAUGACAUGAAGUUUGUGAAGAAGAAACCAAAAAGCUUCAAGGCUGUGUAUGAGGACAACCCCAAGGGCCCUACUGCUUUGAAGCAUCCCUUGAUGCCAUGGCCUCCUGGAACCGCCAAAGGAGAGUCCAAGGGCCGAAAGCAGGACCAUACGAAGAAGGUCAACAAGAAGAAUGACAACAUGGAUGAGAAUACUGUGCAGUACAGUGUGGACAGCGCAGGCGUCCCAUACCCAAGAAGCUUGUGGGAAGCUACUGUGGAGUACCACGACUACGUGCAGUGGAAUGAAUCUUUUGGCGUGCCAGUUGACACUUUCGAUGUCUUCUUGAACGACUACCCCAAGGCAGUGAAAGACAAUAUUAUGAAAGAGUAUGCCGAGGACUCUAAAAAAUGA